AUGGCUCCCACCGCCGCCAACCCCAAGGACUGCCCCGUCUAUGACCCCAAGAACAUGGUCUUCCGCCGCCUCGGCUCGUCGGGCCUCCGCGUCAGCCUGUUUUCGCUCGGCGGCUGGCUCACCUACGGCGGCACCGUCAACGAGAACGAGACGCAGGAGAUUAUGAAGCUCGCCUUUGAGAACGGCAUCAGCACCUUUGACACCGCCGAGGUCUACGCCCAGGGCCAGUGCGAGGUCGACAUGGGCAAGGCGAUCCGCAACCUCAACCUCCGCCGCUCCGACCUCGUCCUCAUCUCCAAGAUCUUCUUUGGCACCGGCGGCAAGGACCCCAACGCCCGCGGCCUCUCGCGCAAGCACAUCAUCGAGGGCGCACACGCCUCGCUCGCGCGCGCCGGCCUCGACUACUGGGACGUCCUCAUGGCCCACCGCCCCGAUCCCACGGUGCCCAUGGAGGAGAUUGUGCGCGCCUUUAACCGCCUCAUUGAGAGCGACAAGUGCUUCUACUGGGGCACCAGCGAGUGGAGCGCCCAGCAGAUUGAGGAGGCCCACGCCGUCGCCGCCCGCCUCAACCUCAUCCCCCCCGUCGCCGACCAGUGCCAGUACAACAUGUUCCACCGCGAGCGCCUCGAAAAGGAGUACGACUCCCUCUUCCAGAACCACAGCUUCGGCACCACCAUUUGGUCGCCCCUCGCCUCGGGCCUGCUGACGGGCAAGUACAACGACGGCGUCCCCAAGGGCUCGCGCUUCGACACCAACCAGGACUUUUUCAACGAGACCGUCAAGUCGCUCCAGACGCCCGCCGGCCAGGAGAAGAUCGCAAAGGUCAAGAAGCUCACCGAGAUUGCCGACAAGCUCGGCGUCAAGGUGACCAACCUCGCGCUCGCCUGGUGCGCCAAGAACCCCAACGUGUCGACCGUCAUCCUGGGCGCGUCGAAGCCCGAGCAGAUCGUCGAGAACCUCAAGUCGCUCGAGCUGCUCGAGAAGCUUACGCCCGAGCUCAUGGAGCAGAUUGACGAGAUCCUGGCCAACAAGCCCGCGCCCGUGUCGACCUACGGCAGGUAA